UUUUAGCUGGCAGGACAUCCCUCUCCCUCCCUCCUUUGCUGAAAACCACUCUCUCUGCUUUCCCCCCAUUCUUACUUUUCUUAAACACACACACACACACACUUUACUGCCAAAAAAGUCCAUCCUCCGCCCCCCUUGCUAACUUCCUUCCAGCAUUUCCUGAGCUGGAUAAUCCCAGAAUUUGUAAAAGCAAAGGAAAGGGGAGAGUGAGAGAGAGUGCAUUAAGGAAGGAAACCCAUUCCUUGUUCUCCUAAUACUGUCCAAUAGCCACAAAUCAGAGUAAGGGGUUUAAAAUGUAGUGAUUCAUAGACUUGUAGGCUCUCUAUCGCUUUUGUAUUUUUUCUUUCUCCUCCUUUUUUACAAGUUCAUGGGGAAAAAUGGAUUCGGAGCAUCUGAUUCUUUUUCUAUGAAAGAUCCAGCUUGAUUUAAUUUGAAGGCCAGCUUCAUUUGAUUUGUUGGGAUGCAUCAAGGAAGAACUUCAGCCAAAAUCUGAUCCCUGUUGCCAGUUUCGCUGGAGACGCUGGUUCCUUAACUCCCUUGUAGGAGAACCAUCCUGAACUUGGGCUACAAACUCUAUGCUGCUUCCUACUGGAGAUCUCCGUAUGUCCGGAUUGUACCCUGCUACAAGAGCCGUAGUUGUAACAGCUUAACAUCUGGUGGGGAUUAAUGUUCAGCGUACAGCUGAAAGUUCUUCUGGACUAUUGAUGUUGCUGACCAGAGAUAGGACACAAACAACCCAGAUCUGAGGACGAGAAGGGAGAGCUUUUAAUUUAUCUGGUGUAAAAAGGGGGGUGGGGGGAAGGAAGGAGGGGGCAAUCCUCUUUUUUGGAACUAACUCAUGAAGAACAAGGCAGGAAAGCUGAAACUCAAGAGGAAAGGAGCCACGAACGUCUUUGGCUGUGAGCUGAGUGAAUAUCUGGAGAGCUCUGGACAAGAUGUUCCCCUAGUACUGAAGAGCUGCGCAGAGUUCAUAGAGACUCAUGGAAUUGUGGACGGAAUCUACCGGCUUUCUGGUGUGACAUCCAACAUUCAGAAACUGAGGCAAGAGUUUGGCUCAGAUCAAUGCCCAGACCUGACUAGGGAAGUUUACCUACAAGAUAUUCACUGUGUUGGAUCACUCUGCAAGUUAUACUUCAGGGAACUACCCAAUCCUCUCCUCACAUAUGAACUUUACAAGAAAUUCACGGAAGCAGUCUCGUGCUUCCCUGAGAAAGAGCAAUUGGCCCAGAUUCAAAAUGUUAUCCAGGAACUUCCACCAUCACAUUAUAGGACCUUGGAAUACUUAAGCAAGCACCUGGCACUUCUGGCAUCCUUCAGCAGCAUGACCAACAUGCACACCAGGAACCUGGCUUUAGUGUGGGCACCUAAUCUACUUAGGUCUAAGGAGAUUGAGGCAGUGGGCUGCAAUGGAGAUGCCGCUUUCUUGGAAGUGCGAGUCCAACAGUUGGUGAUAGAGUUUAUAUUGAACCACGUAGAUGAGAUCUUCAGUGACAACAUUUGUGUCAGGACAAAGGAGAAUGAAGAGAAUAAACCUGUGAUGAAGAGCCUAACUCUGCCUUCCACCUCUCUGCCAAUGAAGCUGGUGAGCUUGGAAGAAGCUCAGGCCCGAAGCCUCUCAGCCUGUCACCCUGCCCGCAAAGAGCGAAGGGAGAACAGUUUGCCAGAAAUUGUUCCAGUCACAGGCUCCUUUUACCAUACUGUCCUUGACCUACCAGACAGCAAGAGAAAGUUAUCUACAAAGUCCAAGAAAUGGAAGUCUAUUUUUAAUCUGGGCCGGUCAGGAUCAGAAGCUAAGACUAAACUGAGCCGCAAUGGGAGUGUGUUUGUUCGAGGACAGAAGAUCUCUGAAAAAGCAACCAUUCGACCAGCUAAAAGCAUGGACUCACUGUGUUCACUUCCAGUAGAAGGAGAUGAUGAAAAAGGCCAUUUUAAGCGCACAAUCAUGGCUGGAGGGUUUUUUGUUCCAGUGAUGAAACCACGAAUGGGAGGACCUAGCAGCUCAUCUGACCUCAGCAAGCAAGACAGGGAGUGGGAUCUCAAAGGUGCCAUGGAAGGAGCAGAGGGAGGAGCAGAGGACAAUGGAGAGAAUGAUAUUCCACGGCCAACCCAAAUGAAACCACUUCCUGAACAACUGAAGGUAUUCCGGGCCAUUGAAGACCCUGAGAAUGAGCAGACUUCCCCAAAGAUAUGCCGUAUGUUCUAUACUUCAAAUGAUGGGACAUCCAAAUUGGGAUUCCAUGGGACUCUAUUCCCCCUGGAAGCAUCCCCCCGUCACCAACAUAAAGCCUUGAACAUCUCAGAGCCCUUUGCUGUCUCAGUGCCACUUCGAGUAUCAGCAGUCAUCAGUAUCAACAGUACACCUUGUCGCAUGCCUGUUAAAGAAAAGGCAGUCUUCUCUGGCCUUCAAGAAUCUUCUUUUCUGGAAAAAGAGAGUGCUACCUCCUCAGUCCCUGAAGGAGACAACCAUGACCAAUUUGAGCAUAGCACAGUCAAGGAAGAAAAGAAGACUGAGUCCAAAUCCAUAACAGAUUCAGCUAUUGAGGAAAUUGCCAUUGUUAAGAAGCUGGAAUCUGUAAAUAUCCCUCAAUCAACAAUCAACACUCAGGAGACAAAGAGUGGUGGCAACAACUGCAGCCAACCUUUGAAAGAUAAGCUCCCCCUUGAACAGAACCUGCUGGUUAUGAUCCCUGCAAGCCAGCAGCAGACAGAUAAAGCAAGUCAAGACCAGCUUGGGGUUAACAUGCCAGAACAGAUCUGCUGGCCACAGGAGGUGUCAGUAGAUAAAGAAGAAGAUAAUUCACACCUAAAGGAGCUGGUUGUUGAUAAUCAUUCCAAUACUAUGAUGAAACCAUUGUGGCCAGAAAUUCAACAAGAGCUGAAAAUUGUUGAGUCUGAAGAGGAGUUUUCAUUUGUUGAAAGUGCUCUGAAGACAGACCAGCAACAAGAGUUAAAACCUAGCCUUACAUCUAUUUCAUCUUCAGAAGCAAAAAGUUUAGUGUGUAGUCCUCUUCUGCUACCUGCCCCCACCAAAGAGGAAAGCUUGAUCAGAGGCCCAUCAGCUAUAUCUGACAUUCUCUCCAAAGAAUCAAAAGAUGUACAACUUUGCAACUCUGAGCCAUUCAGAGAGCUGAGUAGUGUUUCCUUCACCUCACUGAAGCUGCAAAAUAUUCCAUGUUCAAAAAAUUCUCCACAAGAUGGUGACACCAAAAAUGACCUCCCAUCUCAGCCCCAAAACUGGAAGCUUCCACCAGAACUACAAGAAAACACAGCUUUUUCAAGAGACAAGUCACCAUAUUCCAAAGAAAAUAAUUCAGAUCAGACAGAAUGUGAAAGCAACAGUUGGCUUCUUCAAAGGGAGAAGGAAGUUGAAACAACAUCCCAGCUAGAAAACAGCAGUAACACAUAUUCAGAGAGAGAAGAUCUGGCCAAUUCAAAGAUUAUAUGCAGAGCUGGAGUCCUGUGGGUCAAAGAGGGCAGAAUGAAUGAUCAAGUUCAAAACUCUCUUGAGCAACAGGAAGAAGAUACAUGGAGUGACCAUGUCCAAAGUUUAGAACUGCUAGAGCCAUGGGAAGAUCAUCAGUGGGUUACCAGCCCCCUUCAUUCUCCUACCUUGAAAGAAACUCAAGGAAAGGCACUUCAGGAGUUUCAGCCACAGAAGCACGGAAUGGCCCAGAGUCAUUCUAAGAAACCAUGUUUCAGUCGUAGUUUUUCCUUAGACAGUAAAGAUUUUUUGAAGAGGCAUUGGGCUAUAGAAGUACCUUUUACAAAUGCAAAUGAGGAACAGCUUUGUGGUGACCUACAACCAGGAGUAAAGGAAUAUUCACAAGGACAAUGGAAAGAAAGUCUCAAAGCUGAAGCUUGUCUGAAUCGUUCAGAGGAAACUUCAAACUCACAUGAAACAAGCCUGAAAUAUCUAAGUCAUGAAGCAGGCUUUGCAACAAUAGAGUUGCCCUCUGAUCAUGAAGGAUUGUAUAGUGUUGCCUGUAAAGCAUCAGUUGAGAAGGAAGUGCUUAAAGAUGAAGAAAGCCAAGAAAACAUGAAACUAGAUUCUUCUUUGUCACAAUUUAAUACUGGGUGCAGUUUAUUAAAUUCAAGCUGCACAGAAAAGCUUGCACCUAAUGUUCAACAGAAUGUCAGAUCUAGAGCUCCUGUCAUGAAAGAACCGUGUUCGGCUAAAGAGUUGCAGAUCAGUAAAGGUGAAGACAUUCCAUGUAAAGGAAAGCCAAGGCCCUCUUCUCUCAAUCUGGAUUCUGUCCUUCCACUUGCUAGCAUUUUUAAUUUUGACAGCCUGUCUUUCCCCACUCCACCCAGGCACUUUCUCUGUGGGCAGAAAGAAGUUAAGUCUAGUGAUUCUGCACCAUCCCUUCCUGUUGCUUGUCCAAGUGAAAAUAAAGCUAACCUCUGGGGUUCACACUUUGAUCCACAAGACUUGGACUUAGAAUAUAUAAUGAUGGCUCAUGCUACCACUGGUCGUCGUAAUUCUGCUCCUGUAAGUGUUUCAGCAGUGAGAACAUCUUUCAUGGUCAAGAUGUGUCAGGCUCGAGCUGUACCAGUUAUUCCACCAAAGAUUCAAUAUACCCAAGUUCCCCAGCCUUUGCAGGCACAAAACCCCAACUGCAGAAUCUCAUUGGCAUCAGAGAAUAAAGAAACAGAAGUCAAGAAAAAUCAAAUCAAGCCAAUUCAAAAUGCUCAAGGUCAGCUGCAACUCCCAAAGAGUCCACCACUUGAUGGGAUGGGAAAAGAAAAUAAUAGUACAGUCAUUAUGGAUUCAGCUGCAACUAGAAAAGCAGACCCAUCUUUUACCAAUCAUAAUACCACCCAGGAUGCACCAGUUCUUCGUCGAAAGAGAACCUCUGAAGGAGAAACUACUGGAGAUAAUCCACAGUCCUCAAAAAUGGAGAGACCAUCUGGGGCUUUGAAGCCUUCUUACAGAUCUAGACCAGGAAGACCUCAGAGCCUUAUUCUAUUUAGUCCUCCCUUUCCUAUCAUGGACCAUCCCUCUUCCUCUGCAGACUCUAGGGUGUUGUUGUCUCCCAUAAGAAGCCCUACACAGACCCCUUCUCCAAGUCCAACUUCUAAUGAUUUGUUAGGGGCAGCCUCAGAGGGUGUCACUCUUCGGAACAAGAUGACUAUUCCAAAGAAUGGCCAAAGACUAGAGACAUCUACAAGUUGCUUUUACCAACCACAGAGGAGGUCUGUAAUUCUGGAUGGAAGAAGUGGGCGUCAGAUAGAAUAAUGCCUUUUCAUGCUCUUCAUUUCUCUUCCCUGGUGGAUGAGAUAGUGGUAAAAUUGAGAACUAUGAAUAUGCGAUGGUGUUAUUGUUAAACACAUACUACUACAAAGUAAUUACUUGUUGAUUUCAACAAUCCUUAAUUUUAUAGUUUGUCACAUUUAAUAGAUGAAAUUAUCCCACAGGUGAAAGCAAAAUUUUGCUGCAAGGAAAGGCAGAGGUAAAGGGGAAUUCUAGGAGUUGAAGUCCACAAGUCUUAAAGUUGCCAAGGUUGAGGAACACUGGGUUGGUAGAACAGUAAAGCAGAGUGCUGAAUUAGAAGGAAAGUUUUUAGUACAUUAUACCAUUCCUAGGAUAACCAAGAGAAUUCUCUUGCUCAUUGAAUGGUAUCUAAAGAGGAAGAAAGAGUGGCAGAAGUCACCUGUGGAAGGGUUUGUUCUUUUGCCUAAGUAAAACCUAGGAUUUGCUUUAAGCAUGGUAUAUUGGCUAUUUUUCUAUGAACAAAGCUAUUUUCUAAAACAGUGCUCCAGUACGUUAGGACUGGUUGCACAUAGAGUUUAUAUGUGGAAGGAGUAGAACCUGAGCAUUUCUCAAAGUGCUGCUUUAAAAAAAGAUUCAGUCCAAAUUUUAUAGCUAGCCUUUCUUUCCUUCAGAUCCUAAAAUAUCUGUAAUGAUUAAUGUUGUGUGUGUGUGUAUAGUGUGUGUGUGUGUGUAAUUGAGACCUAAGGAACUGUCUCUAAGCAGCACUGCAUCUCUGAAUCUUGGAUAGAGCCAAUGUUUAGAAAUUAGGCUUCGCUGUAAACUCUUCUUGUAUAGAUUUCCCAGACUUUUGAUAGAGAAAGAACUAGUAUGAUCACCAAAUGCUCAAUCCCACUAACCAUGGAGUCUAUCUCUCCCAAUCUUUUUUCCUGCAAUUAUUCUUUAUAUCAAUACAGACCUUUCCAACUAUUGCUAAGCUCAUCUGAAACAGAUCUCACUCAAAAAAGUCAAUCUGCAAAUUAUCUCAUGAAAGAUGUGCCAGUGGUGGUUGGUGGUGGUUUUUAUGAGAUGAGAGAUGAGAACAAGAAGGUAGGAAGAUGCUUGUACACCACUUUGCAUUCUUAGUACUGUUUGUGCUGCAAUUUCCUGUCACAUUCAAUACUUGGGAAUUAACAUACACACUCACACGCACACAUAAUCUCAGCUGAGAUUGGGGAACCCCUGGGCAACUUUUUAACUUAAAAUUGAUGGGAUUCUUCUUCUAUUGUGCUCUAAACAAAGAUGCCUAACUUCUGGAGGUAUAAGGAAAGGCAAGGGCUGCUCUUGGUUUUUCAGUGGCAUGCUGAGGGCAACACUCCAGAAGUUAGAUCAAGGAUUAAAAAAAUAAAAUUGAUUUCGUUUAAUUAAAAAGUGAAUUCAGUUAACAUUUUGUCACAUGUAUUAAAUACAAAAACCUUCCCAUGCAUUUGAUAAUUUCCCCCCUUUUUUCAUUGUAAUAAUUACAGCAUGUUGGCAACUUUUGAAGGGGCACAUCCACUGCAGUCAAGGCUUUCAAGGGCCUUGUGUGGCUGUAAGGUCUCAAGCUGUGCAACUUUUCUGUAUAUGAAAAAUGCUGUAUGCUGUGUUAGAUUGUUUAUAACACUUUAACUGUAAUACUUUAAGAUACAAGUAUACUUUUUCAACAUUUUGUUUCUGAUACUUUUAUUUUAAAAAAUUGAGGUAAGGAUACAUCCCUGUUCCUCCCCUCCCCUUCCCCACAAAAUAAAUGAUGAUCAGUUCUUCCUAUUGCUUUCAAUUUGAGAGGGAAAACCAAGUCCAUUAAUGUGGGGUCUGGGCUUUGUAUGAAUGUGUUGAAUUUCAUUUAAUCAUCAUGAUGGAUAUUGUUUUCAUGGAGUGCUGCUCCUCUGUUUUAGUGCUUUCGUCACUUGGAAAUUUUGCCAAGUCUCAACCAUGAGAUUAAACUGGAGUUUUUAUAAAAACA